AUGUCAGUUAAUGGUUUAACUGAUGACGAUUAUGCCAGGCUCUCUGAGGUAGAUAAGGUUGCUGAACUUGUCAGUAAGCUGGCUGGUUCUGAUUCUGAAGCUUCAGCUUUCGCGUUAAAAGAAGCUGACGAAUAUUUAAUGAAAAUGAAAAAUGGAAAGAAAGGCACGAUAGACAGAACUGUUAUUAAUAAGUCUUCAAACAGUGACGUUUCAGAUUUGCAUAAAAUCAAAAAUAAUUGUACACCCAAGGAAGUUCUGUCAGCAGAUACAUUUAAGGCUCAAGUUGAAGCUGAUGCUGCAGAACGAUCCCGCCGUAGAGCUGAAAACAAGUCCAAGGCGGACGAAUACAAACGUUACGCCAAUGAAUACCUCAAAGUUGGCAAUAUUGACAAUGCUAUUCAUUACUAUUCUAAGGCCAUCAAAUUUCUUCCGGACUGGUCGUUGCUAUACAAUAACCGUGCUCAGGCCUAUCUUCGUGCCGGUCGUCCUGAAUUGGCAUUGGCUGAUUGUGAUAUGGCACUUCGUUUACUUCCCUCAGAACCAAAGAAAUCACCUACCGACUUUGGUGCUGACGCUGACUCUGCCAAGGAAGCCAAUAUGCACGCCUCAAAAGCCUAUCUUCGCCGUGGCAAGGCCCUCCUCGUCCUUCGACGACCUCGUGAUGCCUUGAGAGCCUAUGUUGACUCCCGUGCCUACUUCGCCCUCACUAAACACCCUGCCACGGGUGUAGUGCCUGAUCCUGAAUCGGAUGAUUGGCCAUCUUUUCUCAGGGAAGGAGUGGCUCAAGUUAAAGCAGCUAUUGCUGCUGAGAGUUUGGACUCCCAGUCGUCUGCUGAACUGUCGUCUUCGGGAAAUGAAGGACCGAUGCCACUCAAACCUACCGAGGAUCGUUUUCUACGGCUUAUAGUCGAGGCGACAGUGAAGGGAAAGGAGAUGCGUCAAUACACCAAAACUCUUCGCCAGAUGGCUUCACUCCUAUCUGCUGCCUCUGUUGCUCAGGGUCUUUCUGAAGUGGAGAUUGCGACGAAUGGAAAAUUGAAUGAGUCUAAAGAUGUACCGAAAGUUGCUGCCAUUUCCCCAGUUUCUCCUCAAGGUGAUCAAAAAUCUCAGACUACUCCAAACUGCGGGAAGCGAGGAGGCAAAAGAAAGGGAAAAAGCAAUGCUCAAAGACAUCAUCGGCAGCUUGAACAACAGCAGCAGCAGCAGAUCCAACCGUCAAAAAUAGUUGAGAACCAGUCUGAAAACAAUGAACUUGCUACGUUGGCGAAACUCCAAUCCUACUUUAGAGUGAGAAAUGGAUUCAGAAUGCUUCAGUCGCAAAUGGAGCGUUUUGAUGCCUCUGGUGUGGUGAAGUACUUUCGUCGUCCCGUCGAUGGCUUCCCAACAGACUCUGACGAGUUGAACCUGAGUGUAGAUGAUACACUAGCUAUGCUUGAUCACCUCCUAAGUCUCAUCAUCUUAGCUAACGAAUUGGUGAGAGAUUGUGGCGAGAAUCAACGUCGGCUGGUGGAAACUAUGCCCAAACUCUUCUCAACCCUCCUUGUGGAUUGUCUCAAAGUCUCCUCGUCCUAUGCAAAACUCCGUGAUUCGGCUAUGAGUACCGAUCCAAAGCAAGGUCAGAGAAAAGAUUAUAUUGUAUUGUUUAUUCGAGUUCGAAUUACCCAAGAGCUACAACUAAACCAUCUUCUAGGUCUCCUUCAAUGCUCCGCCUGUGAUUUAAUAGCCCUUAUGUCCUGUGAGGCCAGUGGUCGGGAGGGUCUUCUAACGCAUCCAGGUCCCGCUGUCCUACUCUCCGCUUUGGCGACUUGCCUUUCAGAUGCCUUGGGACUUCCUAUUACCAAUUCCUCACCCUCUUCCACCUCGCUCUUUCGACAGACAUUCAAGUUGCAGACAAGUUCCGCUCAACAACGUUCUCUUGCCGACUGCUUCGCUACCCAGACCGUAGCUGCUACGGCGAAGAUCUUGGAGAACAUUACCAAGAGCCCGAGAUUUUUUUCAAUGGUCCAUUCAUCGGAUUGCUUCUCCAGUCUGCAGAACGUUGUAGAAACAGCGAUUGCUCCAGGACCUUCAGCAUCCACCUCGGCGCCUAUAAAUUGUCUUUCUAUCCUCCUUGAUAGCCUUUCGGCUGCUUCAGAUGACCCCUUCCUUCGUCGCUCCAUGAUCUCCAAACCCAACUUCCUACUCAAUCUCACAACGUGUGCUGCACGACAUUUACCACUCAUGGUUGAUGAAAGUCACACGGCUCUCGUCGGAUCAAUCUGUCGACUUAUUCAUAACUUCCUUUCCGGUGAUUCUAGACCCGUGCUUCAAAAGCAGGAGAUGGAGGCAUUGCUCAACUUGGUUGGAGAAGUUCUUGAUACUCCAAAUUGUUCAAACCUCGUGUCCGUCUCUAUCGCUCUUCUUGGUCGGUUCCUACCGUACUGUACGGAGGAAUUGGUCACUGAUUGGGCUCAUUCCGGCAAAGAAGUUCCCCAGGAACCAACGAACGAAAAGGCUCCUUACGCUGCAUUUACUCCCACAUCUAAAAUUAAGAGUAGAGUCCAACUUCUCAUAUCUGUUAUCUGCUCAUGCUCCUGCCUCUCCUUCAGCUCCUCUUCCCUUCUCGAGAACGCACCUAUACCUUUAGUUCCCACUACCGUGAAUGGCGUGACCAAGGUGUAUGAGUCCACAGAGAGCCUCACGAGUCAUCGACUACGUGGCGCUGUCCACGCACUUUCCGCUAUCACACGUGCCAAGAAUUGUGAGGAUGUGCGCAUUGCCAUUGGUGACGAUAGGCUGGUAUCCCGAAAAGUCGCCCAACUCCUGCGGGCACGAGCAACUCCCACAUGUGAAGCGGAGAAAGAAGCACCACCAUACGAUGAACCUCUAGCUGCUAGCGCUUGUCUCAUCCUUGAAGCUUGUGCGGACGAUACUGUGUUGGCGGAGAACUUGAUUGGAACUACGGUGAUUACCGAUCUUUUGAAGCUGAUUAAAUCGGCUAAGAAACCACAGACCAAAAAGAAUGCAGGAUGUGUUAUUGCCCGGCUGUGUAUGGCAAGUCACGUGCAUCGCGAAGAGGCCCAUUCCCUCAACGCCUUGUCGUAUCUUCAACACUUCACCAAUUGGGGUGCACCUUCUUACUAUCCAUCCGGACGCCAACCUGGAAUGCUCUUCUAA